AUGGAAAACAGCGCAUCUGAUAAAGACAGUGGAGAGCCACUGAAAGAGCAAGAGAAAGUAGAAGUGACUGCAGACAAACUCACAGAGAUGGAUGUGUACAGAAUAUUCACACAAGAACGCGCAAUUCCUCUCUCCCAAAAGGUAAUAAAGCGCAUAAGAGAAAAGAUGACUAUAGACAAUGCAGAAAUAUAUGCAGACAUAAUCAAGGCAAACUAUGUCUCUGAAAUACUUACAGAGCAAGCAGUUGAGGAUGCAAUUAAGAAUAAGCAAAAGGAAAGACAGAAAAUAGAAGUAAAUCCAGUUAGGUACAAGCCAGACGGGAUUGCCCGAUAUAAAGUGCUGAAGGAAGGGGUUGUUUUCCCAAAAACAUCAAUUGUAACACUGAAGCCAGAUACACCCUCCAUGAUAUUUGGAAUGGUGCAUAUUUCAGAGACAGGCGAUGUGGAGAUAGAAGACGAAGAUGACUCAGUUCUGGUCUGUGAGAUAAAAGAGAGCGACUAUUUUGUGGGAAGAGGAAUAUGUGCAGGAUUUGAGGGGAAGCUUACUGAAAAAGGGUUUUCUGUUGAAAAGAUACAUCUUCCGGAAAGAAGGUCAAUUAAUAGCAGUUCAGUGCCUGGCAAAUCUAACUUUAUAAUGAUCUCUCAGUUUGUCUCCACAGCUGAUAAUAUUAAGAAAAUCUGCGAUGUGAUAAAAGUAUAUGCAGAAUACGAAAUAGAGCUGGCUGCAGUGGUUAUUAUGCUGCAUGAAACAGAGAUUCUUGCCAACAUGCAGCCCAGAAUAGAAGCAUCUCUAGCAAAGGUGCACAAAAACAUUGAGUUUAUACUCAUCCCAGGCGUAGGGAGCAGGUAUUUCUAUCCCCGCGGAGAGUGCACAACAUACAAAAACCUUACUGUUUCCACAAACCCUGCUGAGAUAAGAAUAGAAAACGAGGCAUUUCUGGUUGGGUCCUUUGAUCUGAUCGAUGGCAUACGAGAAGAAAGUGUUGUAAAGGGCAGCUUCAGAAAAGAACUAGGCAGCGCGCUUCUAACACAGGCGUCUUUCAAUCCCUUCAUCCCGUACACAGACCUGUCAUACACAGAGGAGUUCAGAGGUCUGGUUAUAGGAGACAGCUAUGACUGCUUUACGCAUAAGCAGCAGGACCAGGUCUUUGCUAUUUGCGGAGACUUUGAAAAGAGUGGAGGGCAGUUUCUUUUUUACAAUGGGGCAGAAGUGAAUUUCGAAAUCUGUUCUGUAAGUGACCUGGCUACAGAGUAA